AUGCCUAUGGUUACCGUGAAGUAUAACUUCCAACUUUUCAAAUGUAAAGUUUCGUUGAAUUCAACACUAAACGAUGUGUUACACCAAUCCAUACAAUUCUUUCAACUGCACACCUCGUCAAACGACUGGUCAUUGAUACAUUUGGAUAAACCGGUGCCAUUAGAUUUGCCAUGGAGGCUUCUAAACUUACCAACGGGUGUCAACUUAGAAUUAUCUAAAAGUAGUAAUUUUCCGGUGGCGAAUAAGACCAACCGCGAAGAUAUUCCAUUCAAUACGAUCAAAAUACGGUUUCAAAUCCCAGGAAGAGAUUCCGUGGUUAAAGAAAUGCCAUCUGACCAACCAAUUGCCCCUAUCUUGCGACAGAUGAGCGGCGCUGCGGGAGAUGAUUUUAAGAUCCAGGUCUUUUCCAAGAUAAUAGAGUUCAAAACAAUUAAGGAUGAGAAUUUGACUCUCGAAAAUUUAGGGAUUCAGGAGCCUUCGUCAGUUAGAUUGAUUUUUAAUAAUACAUCUCAUUCUGAGGGCAUUAGCGCUAAUAGCGCUAUUCACCCAAAACAAACUCCCCCUACGAUGACGAACCCGGAAACGGUUGCUUCACUACCACCUCACGAACUACAUAAACCUUCUGUGUUUUUGCCCUCGGAUGAGCCAUUAGCAGUUAUCAAGGAUCAAAUCGAGGAUGAAGAAGAUUAUGAAUUGACAGUAGAACAAGCCAAGAAAUACCAAAAAAUGUUAUCAUCGAAGGCUGGUACUUUGGGUGGUCCUAUUUUGACAAAGAGACUUAGAGAGCAAUCAGCCAACAACUUGCCAAAGAAAAAUAAGGCUAUAUCUGAGUGUUUGCUGAGAGUCAAGUUCCCCGAUAGAAGCCAUAUUCAAAUAGCAUUCAAACCCAAUGAAGACAUGCGUACAGUUUAUAACGUCGUGUCGCAGUUCCUGAUCGAUGAGAACAUGCCUUUUACGUUAAACCAAUCUCAUCCUUUCAAACCCUUGGCUAAAGACGAUAAGAAGCUACUGGAUGACCUGGAAUUUGGCUCUAAAACAAUGCUGCUUUUUGAAACAAAUUCAAAUUCUAAUGGCCCAUUAAUAAAGGCUCAUCUUUUGGAAGACGCACAAAAAAUCACACACGAAACGAGGACAACCCCAUCAGUUAAUACGAUAAAUAAAUCCAAUCCACAGGGCCCUUCUGAUAACGCUACAAGUAUCAAAAAGACUUUAAAUAGAGUACCUAAAUGGAUGAAAUUAAGUAAAAAAUAA